UUCCUCCUUGUUGUAAUGAGCCAAACUCCGAUGCGGUUCUUCUUUUUCUCCCCCUCCUCCCAAAUUCCAACCCAACCAUUCCCACAGAACACUGCAAGUUUUAAGACCCUGGUUGAAAUUGGAUUAUGAAUCAUCUCAGGUCUUGCAUGUAAGUAUGAGAUAAUAUAUAUGUGAUGCAGCCAAGGAUGACUUGCCGGCGGCUACUACUUCUCUUGUUUAUAGGUACAUAAAAUUUUCAUCAAAUGUGACAACUUUGUUUCUACCCAUGCUCUGCAAUUUUAGCAAGCAAGAGAAACAAGGAGCCUUCUGUUAUGCACACUGAAAUUAACUAGAAGAAUGAAAACACUAAUUUAAUUUGUGUUGCGAUUGAAUGAGAUCCAAUACCAGAUGAUCCAAAAGUUUAUGUGUGUGUAGUAGAGAUAAUCGGCAAGUUGUCCAUGGCUACAUGUCUAUCUCAUGUUUACAUGUUAGAUCAAUGAUGAUAAUGAUAAUGGAGAGGGAAGAAGCCCAGAUUGAAUGAUGUACAUGGCAGUAAGUUUUCUCAUUUUUGCUUCUAUAAAAAUCCCAACUCUCUCAUUUGUGCUUUUUUGCAAGUACUUUCUGACAAAAUGAUCCCAUGUUUUUUCUUUUUCAUUUUUUGAUCAAAUCCCAUGUUUUUUUGUUGAUUAUAUGGCAUUUUCAUGGUGUUUGUUAUAUAGAUGAUGGUCAAUUUUUAUUUUAUUUUCCCCAAUUAUAAAGAUUUGUGAAGUAGUGCAGGUCCAAAACAGCAAACAAGUUUCUACUUGUCAAGAUUUCACUAAGCAGGAAGUCCUGUAUCUCAUGACAUAUUGCUGCUUCUUCCUCCCUUCUGAAGUUUUGAGCCAAGAGAAGGCUCUUUGUUCAGAAUUAAAUAUUGAGCAAGUGAGAGCCGGUGGGAUUGCCUUUGUCACUAAACUCCAGCUUUACCAGUGAGAUGUCAUCAUUCAGCCUAUCACAGGCUUACAUAUGGCAUGCCCAGGAGAAGCAUACAUACACAAGGCAAGGCAUUGAAACCCAACAUACAAAUUACUAUAAAUGCAUGCCUUCCCCUGUAUCUAUCUCCACAGCAAUAUCAUCAGUCUAUCAAGUACACAGUACAAUUUCAAAACUCCCUACACUUUCAAAGAGAAAAACUAAGUAAGAAAAAUGAAGGCAGGAGGAGCAGUUGAUGCUACUGAUAAAGAAGCCUCAAAACCCAUCCCAAUCCCAAAAGUAAGGGUGAGCAGAGUGCUCUCUGUUCUAGACUUCACUCUGCGGGUAGUUGCAGCCCUUGGAACAUUGGCAAGUGCUAUAGCUAUGGGAACCAGCCGGGAAACGCUUCCCUUUGCCGCGCAGUUUGUUCGAUUCAGGGCUCGUUACAAGGAUCUUCCCACGUUAAUGUUUUUUGUGAUUGCCAACUCAAUUGUAUGUGUCUACCUUGUGCUUUCUCUUCCUUUAUCCGUUGUCCAUAUCAUCUGGACUGCAGCAAAAAACAGCAGGAUCGUCUUGAUCAUCUCUGACACGGUGAUGAUGGGGCUUUUAACUGCUGGAGCUUCAGCAGCAGCAGCCAUAGUGUACCUGGCACAUUAUGGCAACUCCAGCACCAACUGGUUUGCAUUUUGCAGGCAAUUCAACAGCUUCUGCGAGCGCAUUUCUGGGUCUCUCAUCGGCUCCUUUGUUGCCAUAACUGUACUUGUACUCCUAAUCAUCAUGUCAUCUGUGGCAAUCUCUCGACGCUGAUGUGUUGCAAUCAACUGCUGGGUUUGUAAGUGUGUGAUAUGAAAAAAUUUGCUACUAGUAUCUUUCAUUUACACAACAUAAAAUGUACGUU